AUGACAGAGGUGUUGAACGCACUGUCGAGUGUUCGAGUAUCUUCUGUUGGUGGUGCGCAAGUGAAUGCCUACUCAGCGGUUCGUGAUAGCGUCAAUCAACGUAUAUCAAACACAUACGAUACAGCUGUGGAGAAGGUGAAAUCUACUACCGGGAACGAUAGGAGAGAAGAUGUGCGCACUUUUGAGAGGGCGAUGACCUCAAUAGCGUUCCUGGAAGGGUCCAAAUGUGGACUUUUCAAGCAGCUACUUGAAAAAUGUGGGGUAGAGGCGAUGAGCGCUUUCAACACGAGUAUCAGCCUUGGCUACCUCCGAACAGAGCGACGGGAACGACUUAACCUAGAUUUCGAGGUCUUCAACUACCCAGUACAUCCGAACUGCAUCGGCCUCUAA